GGGGGCUUGCAGAGCGAGCGAUGGAUGAGGAAAACAUGACGAAAAGCGAAGAGCAGCAGCCUCUGAGUUUGCAGAAAGCCCUCCAGCAGUGCGAACUGGUCCAGAACAUGAUCGACCUCAGCAUCUCCAACCUGGAAGGGCUCAGGACCAAAUGUGCCACCUCCAACGACCUCACCCAGAAGGAGAUCCGGACCCUGGAGAGCAAGCUGGUCAAGUACUUCAGCCGGCAGCUGUCCUGCAAGAAGAAGGUUGCCCUUCCGGAGCGCAACGCGGAGCUGGACAGCUUUCCCCAGCUGCGCCACUGGUUCCGCAUCGUCGACAUGCGCAAGGAAGUCCUGGAGGAACUCACUGCCGGCCCGCUGAGCCUGGAGGAGCUGCUGGAGAUGACAGAGGAACAGGUGUGUGAGACUGUGGAGAAGUACGGAGCCAACCGGGAGGAGUGUGCCCGCCUCAACGCCUCCCUCACCUGCCUCCGCAACGUCCACAUGUCAGGAGGUAACCUUUCCAAACAAGACUGGACCAUCCAGUGGCCCACGCUGCAGACGGGGAAGGAGAACAGCCCCGCGUGCCCCCCGGAGCCCGCGCCCUGGGUCCGCACCCACCUCGCGCAGAGCCCCCGGGCGCCCGCCAAGUGCGCGCAGCAGCAGCAUCACUGCCACUUGGGGCCUGUGCCCGCAGACAGGCUCACGGUGGACGCCUACCCCGGCCUGUGCCCGCCGCCGCCGGACUUGGGGCCCCGCUCGCUUCCCCCCUCGCCCCGCCAGCGCCACGCUGUGCGCACCCCGCCGCGCACCCCCAACAUUGUCACCACCGUGACCCCGCCGGGCACGCCGCCCCUGAGGAGGAAGAACAAGCUGAAGCCACCCGGGACACCGCCGCCCUCCUCCCGGAAGCUGAUCCACCUGCUCCCGGGCUUCACGGCCCUGCACCGGAGCAAGUCGCACGAGUUCCAGCUGGGGAACCGCGUGGACGAGGCGCACACACCCAAAACCAAGAAGAAGAGCAAACCCUUGAACCUCAAGAUCCACAGCAGUGUGGGCAGCUGUGAGAACAUUCCAGCACAGCAGCGCUCCCCGCUCCUGUGUGAGCGCUCACUGCGCUCCUUCUUCGUGGGACACGCGCCCUUCCUGCCCUCCACCCCACCUGUCCACACUGAGGCCAGCUUCUCUGCAAACACCCUGUCCGUGCCACGCUGGUCCCCACAGAUCCCCCGAAGAGACCUCGGCAACUCCAUCAAGCACAGGUUCUCCACCAAGUACUGGAUGUCUCAGACAUGCACUGUCUGUGGGAAAGGGAUGCUUUUUGGCCUCAAAUGUAAAAAUUGCAAGUUAAAGUGCCACAACAAAUGCACCAAAGAAGCCCCACCCUGUCAUCUCCUGAUUAUUCACAGAGGAGGUAAGUUCUCGUUUUUUGUCCCUACGGACCCAGCAAGGUUAGUCCGGACAGAGUCGGUCCCCUGUGAUAUCAACAACCCACUCCGGAAGCCUCCCCGUUAUUCGGACCUACACAUCAGCCAGACGCUCCCCAAAACCAACAAAAUCAACAAGGACCACAUCCCUGUCCCAUACCAGCCAGACUCCAGCAGCAACCCCUCAUCCACGACGUCCUCCACGCCCUCCUCUCCAGCACCCCCACUCCCGCCCAGUGCCACGCCGCCUUCCCCCCUGCAUCCUUCCCCGCAGUGCACGAGGCAGCAGAAGAACUUCAACCUGCCAGCAUCCCACUACUACAAAUACAAGCAGCAGUUCAUCUUCCCAGAUGUGGUGCCGGUGCCAGAGACACCAACCCGGGCGCCCCAGGUCAUCCUGCAUCCAGUGACCUCGAAUCCAAUCUUGGAAGGAAACCCAUUACUUCAAAUUGAAGUGGAGCCGACGUCAGAGAAUGAAGAAGGCCAUGAGGAGGCUGAGGAGUCGGAGGAUGACUUUGAGGAGAUGAACCUGUCCCUACUCUCGGCCCGGAGCUUCCCGCGCAAGGCCAGCCAGACCAGCAUCUUCCUACAGGAGUGGGACAUCCCCUUUGAGCAGCUAGAGGUGGGCGAGCUCAUUGGCAAGGGCCGAUUCGGGCAGGUGUACCACGGCCGCUGGCAUGGUGAGGUGGCCAUUCGGCUGAUCGACAUUGAGAGGGACAACGAGGAUCAGCUGAAGGCCUUCAAGCGGGAGGUGAUGGCGUACAGGCAGACGCGGCAUGAGAACGUGGUGCUCUUCAUGGGCGCCUGCAUGAGCCCACCCCACCUGGCCAUCAUCACCAGCCUCUGUAAGGGACGGACACUCUACUCUGUGGUGAGGGAUUCCAAGAUUGUCUUGGAUGUCAACAAAACAAGACAGAUCGCCCAAGAAAUUGUGAAGGGCAUGGGCUACCUGCACGCCAAGGGCAUCCUGCACAAGGACCUCAAGUCCAAGAACGUCUUCUAUGACAACGGCAAAGUGGUGAUCACAGACUUUGGGCUCUUCAGCAUCUCCGGGGUGCUGCAGGCUGGCAGGCGUGAUGACAAGCUACGCAUCCAGAGCGGCUGGCUGUGCCACCUGGCGCCCGAGAUAAUCCGCCAGCUGUCCCCCGACACAGAGGAGGACAAGCUCCCCUUCUCCAAGCAUUCAGAUGUCUUUGCACUCGGCACCAUCUGGUAUGAACUCCACGCCAGGGAGUGGCCUUUCAAGACCCAACCUGCAGAGGCAAUAAUCUGGCAAAUGGGCACAGGCAUGAAACCCAACCUGAGCCAGAUUGGCAUGGGAAAAGAAAUCUCGGACAUUCUUCUCUUCUGCUGGGCCUUUGAACAAGAAGAGAGACCCACCUUCACCAAGCUCAUGGACAUGCUGGAGAAACUGCCAAAGCGGAACCGCCGCCUGUCUCACCCCGGACACUUCUGGAAGUCUGCAGAGUAG